ACUAAUACAAUACUGAGCUAACUACAACUACUGAGCUAAUACAAUAUUUUAAAAAUUUGGGAAAUACUUUUUCCCAGUGUGACCCUUGUGAUUAAAUACUUUUUUUUUUUAGUAUUUUUAGGUAGAUAUUCAUAAAAAAUGGUACUACAAAAAUACCUAAAAAGUCCACAUUCGAGAUUUCUACUACGGAAAAAGUUGAUUAAAGUGCCAUAACGAUUCGUUUUUUAGAUAUUAUUAGGCCAUAGUGUAUAUUUUAAGCCAUUUUGGCAUGAUAAACAUUAUGAGUAAAGCGUUAUAUACUAUGAGAACUAAAAACAAGCAACUAAUAAACAAAAUAAAAUUAAUUUGUUUCGUUUUCAUGCUUAUAAAUUUUUAUUAUUUGGAUUUAAAGCUUUGAAAAUUUAGGUUUAAAUUGCAUUAUUUAGUAUUUCCACUUUUUAGUAUAUUUUCAAGUAGCUCUUUCAGAAUGCACUCACGAGCUAUCGAUAGUUAGCUGCAUCGCUAGCCCAAAACGAAUCUGGCAACCCCGAGCCAUCUUGACAAUUUUUCGCAAAAGAAAUAAAAGUUAAAUAAAAAGCAACGCAAAUAUUAAUAAGCAGCGGAAACAUCUGGAAAACUCCGAGCAUGGGAAGCAACGACAGAGCAUCUAGAUCGCCGCGUUCGGAUGAUCAGCGGGAGAUAAGCGAAGUCCCAACCAAGAGAUCACGCUCCGACUCGGACUUCAUAAACGCACGAUGAACUCAAAACUCAGACUGUGAGGUGUGAGGUGAGUUAUCGUAAGCGUUUUUCUCCUUUUAAGUUUGUUCGCCUAAGACUAAGUUUUAUCGAGAGUCAAGAUUGAGAUCUAUUUCGAGAUCGAGAGAGAGAUGCCCAUUAGAUUACUCCACUACUACUCUACUACUACUACUACUACUACCAAUCUACUACUACUACUACUAUCAAUCAGCCACAAAACAGCCCAACCAGAACAUCGACAUUAAUCCGCUUGUAACAACCUCGCCGUCGUCGUGUGCCAACCGGUGGACUGAUCCGGUUCCUCAUCCUGAUUCUGGUCCUGUCCUGGUUGCAUUUUACAUUAAGUACCAACUAUUUUUUGUGUUUUGUCAUAGCUAGUUAGUUAGUUACUCAGUCUAGUUAACCUGUCCGUCUUAAUUAGUAUAAUCUGUAUCUGGGAGGAGCUAAUAAAAUUUAUUUUCCAUUGAUCUCCACGAUCUCCCUCUUUAUUCCGUUCUCAGUAACUAGUUAUAUUCCAAACCCAACUGGGUCCAGCUUAUCCUGGCUAAAAAAAAAAAAUAAAUAAAUAAAACUAAUUAAUUUUGUAAUGUUGUAUAGGUAGGGCGGAGGAGAAAACCUAACCAACUUAAACAUAUUGUUGCUCUUAUUAUCGUUUCAGCGUCUUGUUUUCUUUUUUUUAUUUUUCUCUUUUUUAUCACUGAGCAAUGUAUAAUGUGUGUGACCGUGACCCUUCUUCGAGUCAGUUACCACGCCCCCCAACUCAUGGAAAUCGAACCGAUAUCGAAUACGAAUACCGCACAUAAGCCUACAAAUAAAUGACAAAAACUCAUGCCCCUCUGCCAAAAAAAUCGAUACUCGACUCUCAUCAUAAAAACAAACAGAAAUAAACAAUAAACUGACUGAAAUAUUAAAUAUAUUAUGAGUCCGGAUUAAAAGCUACUUGAGGAAUAAAUGGUAGCCUCUCGAAUAUUGAUUAACAAUUUGUUUUCUUACUUUUUUUUUCUUCUUUUUUUGUCUCAAUCUUUCUUGCAGGCGCAGGCAGUUUUUGUCUUUAUUUAAGAUAUUUCAAACGCUAACUCUUGACCACAUUCCUACUCCUAUUUCGGACUCAAUUAGAGUGUCCCCUGUACCUUCGGAACAGAAACUAAAAAAAAAAUGAUAAUCGAAUGAAAAACUAAAAAACCAAAAUCAAUCAAAAGAAAAUGAAAUGAAAAAUAGAUGAUGAUGAUCAAUGAUCGAACCACUGAUCUACGAGAUCAGAGCUUAUCCAACCACGAGAUACACUAAUCCCUCUUCCCAAUUCUAGGCAAGUCCACGGAUUCGAAAAUUCCCUACCUUUCGCAGCCUCUGUAUGACCUCAAGCAGACGGGCGAUGUUAAGUUCGGACCCGGCACCCGAUCGGCACUACUUGGCCUCCUGGGCGGAGCCCUGCCGAAGCUAUCCUCCGACCAGCACGAUCUGGUCAGCAAGGCCAAAAAGUAUGCCAUGGAGCAGAGCAUCAAGAUGGUGCUCAUGAAGCAGACCCUGGCCCAUCAGCAACAACAGCUGGCCACGCAGAGGACGCAGGUCCAGCGACAGCAGGCACUGGCACUCAUGUGCAGAGUCUAUGUGGGUAGCAUUUCAUUUGAACUCAAAGAGGACACUAUUCGGGUGGCCUUCACUCCCUUUGGCCCCAUCAAGUCGAUCAACAUGUCCUGGGAUCCCAUCACCCAGAAGCACAAGGGAUUCGCUUUUGUGGAGUACGAGAUACCAGAGGGCGCCCAACUGGCCCUGGAGCAGAUGAAUGGCGCCCUAAUGGGCGGCCGGAACAUCAAGGUGGGCCGGCCCAGUAACAUGCCACAGGCCCAGCAGGUAAUCGACGAGGUGCAGGAAGAGGCCAAGAGCUUCAAUCGCAUCUACGUGGCCUCGAUUCAUCCGGACCUCUCCGAGGAGGACAUCAAGAGCGUCUUUGAGGCGUUUGGUCCUAUUCUGUACUGCAAGCUGGCCCAGGGCACCUCACUGCACACGCACAAGGGAUAUGGCUUCAUCGAAUACGCGAACAAACAGGCCAUGGACGAGGCCAUCGCCAGUAUGAACCUCUUCGAUCUGGGCGGCCAGCUAUUGAGAGUUGGUCGGUCCAUCACACCACCGAAUGCUCUGGCUGUUCCCACAACCAACUCCACAAUGCCCACGGCGGCAGCAGUGGCUGCGGCAGCGGCUACAGCCAAAAUUCAGGCCCUGGACGCGGUGGCCAGUAAUGCGGUGUUGGGACUUUCGCAGAACACGCCCGCUCUGGGAAUGGCAGCGGGCGCUGUGGUGGCCAAGGUGGGUGCCAUGCCAGUAGUUUCGGCGGCAACCACAGCGGCUGCCUUGCAUCCCGCCCUCGCAGUACAGGCCGCUCCGGCGGCUCUUCUUCCUCCGGGAAUCUUCCAAGCACCCUCCGCCGUGGCACCCAGUCUGUUGGGCGUCCCAGCUGGACUUCAACCUCUUCAACCUGUCGCUCCGGCUCUGCCUCCGCCCGCCCUCCUGGCCACCCCCACGGUCCCCAUGACCGCCGUUGGCGUGGCUGGGGCCCUGGGAGUAGGUGUGGUCCCAACGGUGGCCACCUUAACGGGCGCGGAAGCCAGUAAUGGAGCAGCUGCAGCAGUUAUUUCAGCAGCCGCGAAUAAUGCCGCAGUCACUGCCGCCAAUCUCUCAGAGAACAUAAAGAAGGCCCACGAGAAGCAGCAGGAGGAGCUCCAGAAGAAACUGAUGGACGAGGGCGAUGUGCAGACACUGCAGCAGCAAGAAAACAUGUCGAUCAAGGGCCAAAGUGCCCGGCAACUGGUCAUGCAGCGGCUGAUGCGACCAGUAGACUCGCGGGUGAUCAUUCUGCGAAAUAUGGUGGGCCCGGAGGAUGUGGAUGAAACCCUGCAGGAGGAGAUCCAGGAGGAGUGCAGCAAGUUCGGUACUGUCAGUCGUGUGAUCAUCUUCAACGAGAAGCAGACGGAGAACGAGGACGACGACGAGGCCGAGAUCAUUGUAAAGAUAUUCGUGGAGUUCUCCGCCGGAUCCGAAGCCCAGCGAGGAAAGGAAGCCCUGCAUGGUAGAUUUUUUGGCGGCCGGAGAGUGGUGGCCGAGCUGUAUGACCAGGGUAUCUUUGAUCAGGGCGACCUAUCUGGUUAGGAUUAGCAUUUAGUACGCUCUAUCCCCGCAAAACACCAACAAUCCCGCACAGCAAUACCGACUAUUGUUUUGUCAUUUUUUACGUAGCACCUAGAAGAGAUGAUCAAACGAGGAAAGUUUAUUUAUUACGUCAGUCGUCGCCAGUCGAUGAGGUUUAGCGACUCGGCGGCAGCAGCCACAUUAUAAAUACGAUUGCGUUUACGAUGAGAUGAGAACCUGCAAUGCAGUGAUUUAGUUUUUUAGAGAUUUAACCAGAGGAAGGGGGCGUUCAUCGGUUGGUUCUUACAACAAUGCUUACCCUUGCAACACAAAAAACAAAAACAAACUGUAAGCUAAAAAAAAAAAUAAUCACACCACGGCAGACUAACAAACUGUAUAUUGAAAAAUGAUUAAUUUCAGCGCUUAACAUAACAUAAAAAAUAAAAAAUAGUUUCCCAUUAAAACUAAGAGUGUUUUGUUUUAGUUAAUUAUGAUUUGAAAAAGCUUCUUCUGAUAUCAAUAUUUUUAAGAAAUUCAAAUUUUCCGCUAACCUGCCAUUUUUCAGCAUUGUUUUGUUUGAAAUUUAAUCAACACUGGCCUGACUUUUAUCGAUUGCUAUUCAUCGAAGACGAAGAAGAGGAAACAGACUCGUACAAAGAAAAUAGAAAUCAAAAAAUUAAUAAUGAGGAGUGAUCCGCUUACGAAAAUUGCAACAAAUUGUUUUUGUUGACGCGACACGCGUGCCGCGAAUAACGGGACAACGCUGCAAAGCCAAAAAACGCGGAUGCUCGAAGGCGAAAACACACACAAAGAAACUAAAAAAAAAAAGCAGCAGUAGCAAUAGCAAUAGCAGAAGCAAAGACAAACGCAAAGACAAAAAAAAGCAGCGCAGGGAUUUUGGAGGCUGCAUUCAAAAACAAAAG